AAAGCAGCUUAAUCUUUUACACAUUGACGCAGGUGUCCUUGUUUCAUUUCUAAGGAUUUUUACCAAGGCUGUAUAUCCCCAAGACACCAGUGGCCUGAGACAAAGUGCAAUUCUCUAUUUCAUUGUCAGCAUUGUUGUGAUGAUCAUAUGUGUUGUUUUCUACAAUGUGGCACAUAGGCUACCAGUUAUUAAGUACUACAACGAUUUGAAGACUCAAGCUAAAAAUGAGCAAGAAGAGAACGGUGUCCUGACCGGGGCACUAUGGAGAUCAGCCUUGUUCAAUAUCGUCGGUAGAAUCAAAUGGUAUGGGUUUGGAAUCCUCAUCAUAUACGUCGUAACUUUGUCAAUAUUUCCUGGUUAUAUCACCGAAGAUGUCCAUUCCCAGACGCUAAAAGACUGGUACCCAAUCCUCCUCCUCACGAGCUACAACGUGUUUGAUCUAGUUGGGAAGUCUCUAACCGCUCUCUAUCUCCUCGGGAAUGCAAGUGUUGCAAUUGGUUCGUCGUUUGCAAGAUUAUUGUUUCUCCCUCUCUUUUGGGGUUGCUUGCACGGUCCUGAAAUCUUCCGAACAGAGGUUCCGGUGACAUUGCUGACAUGUCUUUUGGGCCUCACAAAUGGGUACUUGACUAGUGUCUUAAUGAUUUUGGCUCCCAAAACCGUCCAGCUGCUACAUGCCGAGACUGCGGGGAUCGUGAUGGUUCUACUCUUGGUUGUUGGCCUGGCAAUUGGUUCAAUCGUGGCGUGGUUUUGGGUCAUAUGACGCCCUAGCAGUUUCACAAUAUCCACAUAAAUCUGGAAUGGCCCUUCUGUUGACCUACUGUUUUUCUCAUUGUGUAAAAGUCUGUAAUCCUUGUGUUGGUAAUUCGAUCCUCUACUUCCAUACUGAAGCAAAGGGUUGUGAAGCUAUUAAGCAACUUGAAAAUUGUACAUUAGUAGCUAUCAUGUGGGAAAAUACCUCUUUCUAUUCUUUUUCUUUUUCUUUUUCUUUUUUUUACCUAAAGAAACAGGCCAUUAGAUUGACU